GCUACGGCUGCAACCCCCCGGCCCCCGUGCCGCCGCGGCCACACAAUGCGGGACUAGGCGCGGCGCAGGAGGGCCGCGGCGUGGGGGAGGCACGGCCGGCAACUCGGCGCGGGGGAGCCCGAGCGCCAGGCGUGGGGGCGGGGAGCAGGCAGCGCAGAAGAGCGCCCCGAGUUUCUGUGCGGGAGGAGGAGCGGGAGCCAGCCUCGGAGACUGCCCUCCUGGCGGCACCUGCGCCCGGCAAGCGGCCGGCCCUGCUCUGCCCCUGCCCGCAGUCCCUGCCCGGCACGGGGACACAUGGAUGCUGUCAGCCCACCAGCCACGGAUCAGCUAAGCCCUGAGGCUGGUGCUUGGCUACAUUGCUGAGAAUGGCACGAAGGCCCAGCCAACAAAAGUGAACCCAGGACACUCCUGGACAGUGAUCCUGAUGUCUGUUCUGAGCCGAUCACUCAAGGGUGUGAUAACAGCCGGCCCCAGCCUGCACCAUGGCUUCUGCAGAACCUCUGACGGCGCUGUCCCGCUGGUACCUAUACGCCAUCCACGGCUACUUCUGCGAGGUGAUGUUCACAGCAGCCUGGGAGUUUGUGGUGAACUUGAACUGGAAGUUCCCGGGGGUCACGAGCGUGUGGGCCCUCUUCAUCUAUGGCACGUCCAUCCUCAUCGUGGAACGCAUGUACCUGCGCCUGCGUGGCCGCUGCCCGCUCCUGGUGCGCUGCCUCAUCUAUACACUCUGGACCUACCUGUGGGAGUUCACCACUGGCUUCAUCCUGCGCCAGUUCAACGCCUGCCCCUGGGACUACUCCCAGUUCGACUUUGACUUCAUGGGGCUCAUCACCCUGGAGUACGCCGUGCCCUGGUUCUGCGGGGCCCUCAUCAUGGAGCAGUUCAUCAUCCGCAACACCCUGCGUCUCCGCUUCGACAAGGACGCAGAGCCAGGGGAGCCCAGUGGCGCCCUUGCCCUGGCCAAUGGUCAUGUCAAGACCGACUGAGGAGGGGGCGGGGGAACCCAUGGACAAAGAGACCAAGCUGGUGGGGCUGCCCCUUCCACACAGCACAAGCCUGGCCUCAGCCCUGUGGGGCCCUGUUACUCACAGGCCUACUGCCCUCCAGGGUGGGCCGGUGUGUGGGGGUGUGUGACCAGGUGUUGGGGGAUGGGGGGUGUCAAGGCAGCAGAAGGACAUUGGGAAGGGUCCAUGGAUCUCAGUGCAACUUGGAGGCUGGUGGCAGGAGGUCUGUGGCUGACUGGACUACAUGGUUGACUUGGGAAGCAGCAGGUCCUGUCCUGGCUAACAGAUGUUGAGAACGGGUCCACAGGUGGGAGGCCAGGCCUGAGCUUACUCCCUCUUAUGGAGAUUCCGCUGGGCUUUGGCUGGUUCCAUUAGGCAAUAUUCAGGUGCUUGCUUGCAACCAAUACCUCCCUGGGGCCUGCUGAGCUGCUGGCCUGAGAGACGGGCAGCCUGGAGGCGGCUUAGUAGGUCUGCAAGGGCUGGGAGAUCUUCCCGUAGCUCCUCUCCAUGCUGCUCCCUUGGCCUUCUGGGGGCCCCCGUGGUGCUGGAUUCCCACCAACCUUGGGCUUUUGGAGGUUUCAAUCCCCGUGUGUUUGGUGGCGUUUCCCUUUUUCUCUUGUUUUCAAGGCCUUUACCACUAGCGGCCCUUUUGUUCAUGGUGGCCACCACACCCACCCAUCCCUGACUCUACACACAGCAGCAGCCAGCAGGCCCCCGGCUGUCCUGCAGCCUUUCCUCUGCUACCCCAGCCACCCACCGCCAGGGGCGUUCCUGGUUAGCCUCCCCACUGCCUCAGGUCUGGAGGGCUGUGGCAGUGCUCCUCCCCACAGUGGCCCUGAUGAAAAGGAAUGACACCUCAGUCAAGCUGAGAGGGGCCCUGUGGAUCCACAGCUGGGCCUAGAGGCAAGUCAACUAAGUGGAGGAGGGCAGAGUUCUAGGUCAUCUGUGCCCUGACUGGUUUCUUUUCAAGCUAGUUGAGCAGUCUAGUUUCUGGGGAAAUGGAGGAGCAGAGCAGGUGUCUGUUGUUGAGACCCAUGAAGAGUGAGCAAGGAAGAAAAAGAGGUCAGUUGGAAGGUCCUUUGAGCACCCUUUCUGGGAAGGGGUCAGUUCUGGUUCUGCCCCAGCCCUGUAGCAGAACCUCCUCAGUGCCGCCCACUGCCCCACUCUCCCCGCAAAGCUGGCUCAUUGAGCUUGCUCCUUAAACAGUGUUCACCUGCCACAUUCGUGGGCUUUGUCAUCUCGUUUGCCCCUCUUCCCCCAUGGCAGGUCCAUUGCUGGCAGUGGAAGGGUGAAUCCUCACUCCAGCCUACUUCUGGCUCUGCCCCCAACUCUGAGGGGAGGGGGUCCAUCAUAAAGUGCACCAUCCUAUGGUACUUAGUCUCUUCUUGAACACACUAGGAUUCUUAGUAAGAAAUUAGCCUUUCCCUUUUUAUAGGUCAUUAAAAUGUGACAAACCUGUGGAGAGAAUCUCCUUUUCCUUGCUGGUUGUUCCACCAGGACCAUGCAGACAGCACCACCCAGGGUACAGGACUGGGGGUUGUCCUGGGUUAGGACUGAGGCUUGGUGACUGCCUUUGGCAGGAUUUUUCUGCAGUUGGUCUUGUCCUGAGCAUAAUGGAGGGCGUUUCCCUGCCUUUUACCUGGGCAGGCUCCUCAAAUCCAGGGAUGAACUAACUACAUUCUGCGGUCUUUCCUUUGAUUUUAUUAUGGCCCCAGUUCCUGGGCUUUGGGGACCACAGAGAAUCAGGAUUCCAGUGGGGACAGAUUGUUUUCCCCACGUGGGGAGAGGAUUGCAGAGGGAGAAUAUUUUCUGGCUUCUCUGUUUCCUCUGGGCCGUUGUUUCCUUGGUCCUCUCUCCCAAUUUCAUAUUAUCUAGGUCUCUUGGGACCCAAGACCACACAGGCCACCUUCACACACCCCUUCCACAACUGAAUCCAGUGACAAGCUUGCUGAUGUCUCCCAGAGUAAGGCCUCCAUAAUCCUCGCCCAGAGUGACCCCUCGAGGCCCCCUGGAUCUGCCGCUCCAGAUGCUGCCUGGGGGCAUUCCCUGGUACCACUUUCUCUCUGGGCCCUCUGAGCUCCCAAGUGUAGGAGGUCCUGAGGUGAGCCUGUGUGCCUGGCCAACAUGCAGCAUUGCUUCUGCCACAGCUAGGUGCCCCUCUGCUCCUGUUGGCCUUUGAGGGGCACUGAGCCCCCAAAAGGAGGUGGCAAAAACCUGUGGCCUGACCAUGGUAUCUCAGGUUCACGUCUCCCCAGGGGUAUCCCAGACCGACUUCAACUUUUGCUUUUGUGGGGCUCUUCCGGGCCCCAAUUCCUUAGUGCCCAGGAACUCAAAGUUUGAAGUAAUCCCAGCCUUGCCAAGCAGUAUGGGUGCUGGUGGGGAGAGUCUGCUGGCUAUGAACCUGAUGUCCUGGGCCACUCUCCACUGGACCUGAAAGCAACUCUGAGUUACAGGUUGCAAUGUGCUGCUCUGCAUGGUUAAAUCGCUUCUGAUGUCUGCUAGGCAUCCUGUCCCCGUGCCCUGUCCCCUCUUCGAUGCCAGUGAGUCACAAUGGCCUAUGCUUAUUCACAGCAAUAAUACGUAGGGUGUGCCCAUGAAGCCCUUUUGUCCUAGUCCCUCAUUCUGAAUGGGUCUCCUAGGGGAGGGGCAGCUGCUGAGUGGGUCAGUUCAUGAGAACCUGCGUUUAUGCAGACAUCACCAGGGGGUGAAGAGGAGCUAUGGCAGCAAGAGUGCCUUCUACCCUGAGGCCACCCCAGGCCUGGUGGAGCUGUAGGCCCUGACUCUGCAAAAGGACCUUUGAUGUAAAUGGGACUGUCUCCUAACCGGGCACCUCUCGAGAAGGACAUGUGAUCAGUCUGUGAGCCCACUGCCUGCUCUGUGUCUCCAUUGGUCUCUCUGUCUCUUCCUUUUCACAUUCGUGCACAUAAAAUAUACUGAUGUCUGUGUUCCAGGAUUGGCUCUCUUUCUUCUAUUGUGUGU